UAGUUUCUUUUGCUGCUGCAGGAUCAAGGUGAGCUCUUCUAUUGAAAGUGACCUCUGGGAGUUAUACACCACUGUAUUCCCUCGCCAGAAAUAUCUGUUGUGGUCUUCUAUGUAUCGCGAACGUACCGACCUUUAAAACCCAAACCUUCGGCCCAGAACAGAAGUCGAGAUAUGUCGGCAAAGAACACUCUUGCGAGAAAACAAAACGAGGGCUCCACUUCAUUUGUGUUCACUUUGACGGAUAAAGAUUCAGGAAAGGUCCGAUUCGGAAUAUGCCUGAACUAUUACAGACCUUUCAUGCCUUUCGAACAGACGUCUUGUUCGAAUUACUCCUCUGGUGGAAUAAGCACCGAUGCACCGGAAGCGAAGGAAGAACAGCGUUUACUUACUUCGUUAUGUAUCAUUAGCCAUCAUCCGUUCUUCUCCAAAUUUCGGAAAUGCUUGCAUGUGUUGAAACAGCUUUUGGAUGCUUCCGAGCGCUUCUUGAGUAGCGUACACCCCGAAUCAGAAGCAAGUAACGCAAUCUGGUGUCACCUAAUCGGUGGGGUCGUCUCCUUCGGUAAUCCAAUGGAUUCACUGGUUCACGGGUUGACUAGAAAUAUUGAAAUAUGGAUAAUGCGCUUUCUCAGUACUCCGGCCCCUUUGCCUGGGAAAAGCUGCGUUCAGCUGUCUCUGUUACCAAUUCCGAUUGCUCAACCUAUGGUGUUCGCUCUGCCGGAUAAAACGCGCCUUUCUUUGGUGGAUUUCCCACUUCAUCUACCACUGGAGCUACUCGGAGUGGACAAUUGCCUGAAGGUUCUGACCGCCAUCAUGUUGGAACAAAAGGUGUUGCUCCAGUCUCGAGACUACAACUCUCUUACGAUGUCCGUGAUGGCCUUUAUUGCUAUGCUCUAUCCACUGCAAUACAUGUUUCCAGCAAUCCCCUUGUUGCCGACCAGCUUAGAAGGCGCCGAAAAUCUUCUCCUCUCGCCUACUCCCUACCUCAUCGGCAUCCCGGCCAACUUCUUAUCAUUGAAGAAGCACUUUGUCAUUCCACCCGAUGUUUGGUUGGUGGAUUUGGACACGAAUCGGAUGAUGGGCAGCUGUAGACUGGAACCGAUUCCUUCGCUUCCGUUUCAAGAGGGUCACGAAUUGUUCAGGCACUUGGAGCAUACCUUAACCACCAUGUGUGCUGCGCGGCCUGUUGGAACCACGGGAAACUCGAGGCCUAAUGAGACACUAGACGAUCAGACUGACACAGCCAAACAAAUCACUUCGGUUGUAGAUGAUGCUGACGUCGCCACAAGGGUAGCGAUGGUUCGUUUCUUCGAUUCCCCCAAUAUUUUGGCCAAUCUCUCCGAACACACGAGGACCGUUCGGCUUUACCCUAGACCAGUAGUCGCUCUGCAGCAUUAUUCGUUCCUCAAAUCCAGACAGCAUUUGACCCCAUUCAUCCAACGGCUGUCUCAAACGCAGGCCGUGGAAUUUCUGUCUGAGUGGACCAUCUAUCCAGAGAAUGAAGUAUUUCAGCGGAUACACGCAGGAAUAAUUGAUCCAGCUUUGAUUGGGGACAAAGCUAAAUGGUUCGCGUCCACUCUACCACGGAUCCAUUUCGAUGUAUGGUCUGAGGAUUGGUGUCAAUUGCUAAGUUUGGCUAUCAAACCGGCGGACAUUGCUCUUCCUUAUGUUUCUUCACUUUUCAUGGAUUCUGACUCUCUCAAGUCUCUGGCGCUUGCUGACCCUUCUUCUUUCUAUCAUCCUCCAUUGACUCUGGACGACCAACUUAGUGGAGCAGUACUCCCAAAACGCCCUGUCCACUACCGGAAAAAGACCAGGCCGAAUGAUCUGGUUGAAGGGGGACAAGUGGAUCAAACGGAGCGCUUUGUCGAUUCCAAAGCAUUAGCCCCUCAAGCCACCAUAGACCUUGGACCUGCUUCUCUCGAUUCCUCGGAUACCGCUUCCUCGGAGCUGGAUGAUGAGGAUAUUCGUGACCUAGAGACUGACGAGCCCGCACAACCUAACCGAACAAACGUAGCUCAUAUGCCAGUUCCGCCAGCCUCUGGAAACGAUCUACUCAUUGUGCCAGAAGAUGUUUUGUCGAUGAAUUCAGGAACUUUUGUUUCCACUGACUCUGGUGAUUUAAAUCAAAAGUCUUUAGGAAACGCAGAACUGUCUCCUAGAGCCAAUCACGGAAGGAGUGCAUGUGGCCCAAUAAUGGAGUCCCCACUAUUAAAGGAUGCGGAAAACAGUGCGCACUUUGUAGAUGAGUUGGAGGAAGUAUCCGUAGGGAGUAUGUUGAUGAGCAAUUUCACCGAUAACUGGGCCGACGUCGCAAGUCACGCUUCAAACACCGUCGCCGAAUUGUGGAGCUCGCAGAAGGAUAUAGUUCAGCGCUCGGGUCAAUUUGCUCUGCGAGUUGUCGGUGACUUAAAGCCGGAUUCGCUGCGCACAAGUGAGAAAACCCCACUUGGUGCCCAAUCUACAAAUGCAGAUGAAUCGCUGUUCUGGCCAGGGUUCCUUACCAAGUUCUCCUCCAAGCGUGACCGGUUCUUCUCGAGAGGGACAAUCUUCAACCGUAGGUCUAGUGACUUGACCGAAGCGUUUACUGUUUCUUCGGAUAUCACCGAUCCUGCUUUGAGCUCGAAAGCCCAAUCCUUUCUUCGCGAAGUCGUCAUGAUGGUGGUCGAUGGCAAGCGUCUCAAUUCUACCUAUACUAUCAAACUACAAGAGCUGUUAAAAAACGAGAACUAUCGCAGCUACCUUGUCGAUAAACUCCGCGCACAACUGAGCAUCUCCUUAAUCGAACCGGUUGUCACCCUACCGGAUAUCGCACUACCGAACCAAGCUGUUUUCGAUUGCCUUGCUACAGUGCUUCAUUGCAUGCUCCGAGGCUUGGAAUUCUCCUGCACCAAUCACGGAAUCGGUGGGUUAGCCAGCGCCGCAACAAUGCUUGAAUCCCCUGCCGAUUGGUUCCGCACAGCCGCCAAGGAUUUGCGUCCAAAUUUCAUCCCAGUUGACACAAAGAAGGAUGGAUCAGAAGCUAAAGCUCGCUUCAUUUUGCAACCCCGAUCUCGUCUGGCAUGUGCGCACUGCUUUGUCAACGGUCGCUUAAUCGAAUAUGAGAACUCUUCUGAUGAUAUUGAGCCAACAACAGUGGUCUACCGUGAGUACCUGUUCGAGGCACUUCUCCGUCCCAAUCAGCGAUCACGUCUCUGGGAUCACAUGCAGUUUUGGGAGGACGCUUUCUUUGAUUCUGUUGCUCAAGAUAGGGACAUUCUCGGGCUAGAUCACGACCCCGUGGAUAUGCUGAGAAAGUUCUCAACAUUGCGGGUUGAGGAAAAAAGAAUACUGCAGAAUUUCGAAGAUCGUCUUUUGGCUACCUCAUUACACAAUCUGAUAUCUUUUAUGGUAAUGAUGCAAGUAGAUAAGACAGCCAUCCGAACGCGCAUUCGACGUAUACAGGCGCGCUGCAGGUUGACUGCAGCAUUCGCCGACUUCGUGUCACACCUGUUGGAUCAGCUUCACCUGUUGGAAGGCAAUUCCAUUGCUCUUAUUCCGAGUAUGACCAAGUUCAACUAUCUGCACUCGGUUUGUGUUCGAAACAUUUCCAAAACGAUGGAUACCUUCGAAUCGUUGGAGAUUUAUGAGCACUUUAUCCUUCUACGCGAUAUGAACGACUCCAUUGUUAACCACUGGACUCAUUCAAACCUGAUUGAUGCCCAUUUAUCUUCUGAUGAACAACUUCUGCAAUUUACAACCACCAAUGCUGACGGCCUUACUUUGAUUGAGUCUUUUCAAUGUGCAAAACCCAAACUAACCUUGGACGCUGUUCGAUCGUUCCUUUCAAAAGGUUCUCUAAAUCACUAA